AGUGGUAGGUGUGUAGUAGGUGAAUUUUAACAUGGAAUCAGCAACAAGCAAUCACCGAUCAUGUCCUCGGCAAUCUCUCAGCUUUCUUCCUUCUCUUCAAUCAGCCGCAGACUACAUCUACACACUCGGCCAUGCCCCACUUUUCGUUCCAAGGUACUGGUUGUCAUGAACAGUGAUGGAAGUGGCACAGGGAUAUCGGGUUCACAGACUAAGACCAAUCUGAGUUAUACUGCAGAUGCUUCAAGAUCACAUAUUGAGGGGUCAGCAAGGUCCUAUGCAACUACAUCAGAAAAUGACAAUGGAAAAGGGAUGAAUGAGCCAGUACAAGGACAUGCUGUCACCCAACAGAUAAGGGCAGCAAAGAUCCAUGAUUUUUGUCUUGGCAUUCCAUUUGGUGGGCUUUUUUUAAGUGGGGGGCUUAUUGGUUUUAUAUUUACAAGAAAUCCUACUACUUUACGCACUGAUGCACUCUUUGGAGCUGCUUUGCUAUCCCUCAGCACCUUAAGCUUAAAGGUCUGGAGACAAGGAAAAUCUAGCUUCCCAUUCAUACUAGGAUAAGCAGGUAUCUACUUCUUGUGAUUCAAGAUAU